AUGUCCGACGAGGACGAUGAAGAACGCAUCACAAUGACGACAACUCCCGCUCUCCCCACUCUGGACUCGCCAGGAGGACAACCGGCGGCUACAAGAAGCCAAUCCACAGAGUCGACGGUUCAACACGGUGCUGGCAAUGUUGAGGCAAGCAUAAAUCGCGAUAAAACAAGCCAAGUAGAACGCAUCAACAUCCUCGUCGUUGGCCAACCUGCUACAGGCAAGACUGGACUCGUCAAACUCUUCUUGGAGACCGCCCCGUUAUCACUCCAAGUUGGAGGCCCAUCAGAUGGACGACAACAGCCAGAAUCAGGUUCUGAACAUCCCGGACGGCUUGGAGACGAUCCCAACCCAGCGGCUCUGCUUGCCCGCUGCGCCGAAUUUGCUAGUUUUACAUCGUUUUGCCCGACGACGGCGCUCUCGACGCUCGAAAUCCCUGUCAAGGUACAAAAAUCAGCGGAUGGCUCUCCAGGGACAAAGACUCGAAUCCUUUCCUUCAUCGACACUCCUGGAUUGCAUCUCCAUCUUCCUCACGAGAGAGAGCAGGUGGUCGACAGUAUUCUCAAUAGGAUCACAGAAGGAUUCGAAAGCGGUCUAAAGGCAGACACUGUGCGUCCUCUCUGCCACAUCCCGCCGUGUCGACUAAUCCCGGCUGCUUUUGCCGUUUGCUCGCAAUACCUUUACGACAUUUAG